GAAUAUACACUCGAUUAAUUUAGUCUGCCUUUUACGAUCUGUUGUGCACGUCUGUACCUAACAUUAACCUUUUUGAGGAAGGCUAAAACAUGGCAUCAAUUCUAGACCAGUAUGAAAAUGCCCAGGCCUCUUAUAUAUCCCCAUCCACAAAAAGAGUUCAAGAACCUCUUGGUCCAGGCUUCAUUGAUGUUCGUUUGCCAGACUCAGAGUUGCCGAUCUUCUGUAAGAAGAAGAUAAACUUCAAGCCAGAGGAUUCCAUCACCCACCUUGUAGUGUGCAACAACUUCCUAGUGCUGGCCAUGAAACAUGGCGUGCUGAUGAGGCUGGACCUGGAGCACGCAGAGGACACUGACAAAGUUGAACUGUUCAAGCCUGGUGAGGAGCGCAUUCACAAACUGUUCUUGGACCCUACUGGACGCCAUGUUAUCAUCAGCCUGGAAUCCAUGGAAAACUCGUACCUGUCACGAAAUUCAAAGAAGCCAAAACCUAUUACAAAACUUAAGGGCCACCACAUCGACAGUGUUGGCUGGAACUGGCAGAACGAACAAGAGAACACCACUGGCUCCAUCUUGCUUGGGACCAGCAAAGGAUUGAUAUUCGAGACUGAGAUUUCCACCAAUGAAGAAAGUCGGUUCUGGCAGGGGAAUCUAGACCAGUAUCUCAAGCAGCUUUUUAACCUGCGAGGGCCCAGUGCAGAGUCCAUCACCGGGAUAGAGUUUGACCGCAUGCCAUCUGACUCUAUGACAGAGUACCAUUACUACAUACUGGUGUCCACGCCAGGUAAACUGUAUCAGUUUGUUGGGUCUGUGUCCAAGACGGCAGAGUUACCUAUGUUUCAGCAGCUCUUUCAGCAAUAUGAGGAGGGGAACAAAGUUCAGUUUCAAGAGUUUCCUGGGGACUUUGGCUAUAGUGAACUUCGCCUGUACAUGGCUAAGAAUCGUGGACCUGCAAAGAAGUUUGCCUGGAUGGCCGGUCCAGGUGUGGUGUACGGGGACAUUGACAUCAUGGGCAGGCAGCGGCCUGAUACUGUUCUGUGUAAUCAGAUGCACAUGAGGUAUCCACAGGAACCAGACCAGAAGGCAGAGACCAAACCCUUUGGAAUGGCCCUUACUGAGUUCCACGUGCUCCUGCUAUUUGGGAACAAAUUGAAAGCAUUUUGUUUACUGAAUGAGCAAAUGAUUUAUGACGAGCAGUAUCCAGAUGAUCUCCUGGGCAUCUGGCGAGACCCUUCCAAGGGGACAAUCUGGGUGUACACGUUAAAGAAUGUCUUCAAGUACAAGGUCACCCUAGAGGCCAGGGAUGUGUGGCAGAUGUACCUUGACAAGAAGGAGUUUGAACUGGCUAAGCAGUACUGCGGGGAGAACCCGGUACAACUUGACAAGGUUCUCACCAAACAAGCAGAGUUCCUUUUCAAUGAUCGCAGGUACCAGAAGAGUGCAGAGAUGUAUGCCCAGACACAGAACUCAUUCGAGGAGGUAGCACUGAAGUUUAUACGACUUGAUGACAAAGAUGCACUGAGGACCCUGCUACAUAAGAAACUUGAGGCACUGAGGCCUCAGGACAAGACUCAGAUGACGAUGCUGGUGACGUGGCUGAUAGAGAUAUACCUGAACCAGCUGGGAGAGCUGAAGGAGCAGCAGGUGAAGCCCAGCCAGCGCUACAGGGACGUCCAGCAGGAGUUCCAGGUCUUCCUCAAACAGACUCGGGUCAAGGAUUGUGUAAUGCACAACAAACAUGUUGUGUAUGACCUCAUCUCCAGCCAUGGUGACAUUGUGGACUUCAUCUUCUUUGCCCUGCUCAUGGAAGAUUUUGAGAAAGUGAUCAGCCAUUACAUUCAGUAUGAUGACUACAAAAGUGCUCUUGAUAUCCUCACCAAACAGCCUGAGACGAGCCUGUACUACAAGUUCUCUCCCCUGCUGAUCCAGUACAUUCCCAAGGAGACUGUUACUGCGUGGAUCAGUGCAGAGGGUCCCAACAAGCACCUGGACCCCAAACAACUCAUACCGGCCCUCGUGCAGUAUGAUCACAGAAAAUACUUGCAACAGGGCAGUGAGGUGAUUCGUUACCUCGAGUUUUGUAUCCGGACGCAAAAGAACCGUGACCAGGCGAUCCAUAACUACUUGCUGUCCCUGUAUGCCAAGCUGCAGCCAGACAAACUCAUGGGAUACCUUCUUGACCAGGAUCAGGAGGCACAGAGUGAAGAUGAACUGUGUUACGACCUGAAGUACGCCCUGCGACUGUGCUCUGAGCACGGACACAAGAGGGAGUGUGUGCACAUUUACUCCCGAAUGAACUUGUACGAAGAGGCAGUUGACCUGGCCUUAACGGUUGAUGUAGAACUUGCCAAGACAGAGGCCAACAAACCAGAGGAGGAUGUGGAACUUAAGAAGAAACUUUGGCUCAGAAUCGCACGUCAUGUUGUUGAAGAGGAGAAGGAUGUGAAGCGAGCUAUGGAGUUCCUGCAUGAGUGUGACCUCCUCAAGAUAGAGGAUAUCCUGCCUUUCUUCCCAGACUUUGUUACCAUAGACCACUUCAAGGAUGCAAUAGUGACAUCACUGCAGAAGUACAACCAGCACAUUGACACCCUCAAGGUGGAGAUGGAGGAGGCAACGGACAGUGCCGAGGAGAUACGCAAGGAGAUACAGGCUUUCAGGAACAAGUACGCCCAUGUGAAGGCCCUGGACAAGUGCUCCAAGUGUGGCUUCCCUCUGAUGACCAGGGCUUUCUACCUGUUCCCAUGCCAACACAAGUUCCACUCAGACUGCCUCAUAGAGGAGAUCCUGCCCAACCUGACGGGGAAGAUGGGUGCACGUGUGAAGGAGCUCCAGAAAAAGCUGGCAGAGAGGGAGGAGUCACGCCAGCCUGCAGCAGUCCUGGGCAAGCAGGAUAUGGCCGCACUCUCUACCAAGAUGUCUGCCAAGGCUGAACUUGAUGAUUUAGUAGCAUCAGAGUGCAUCUAUUGUGGAAUAUACAUGAUCAGGAGCAUUGACAAGCCUUUCAUUGAAGACAAUGAGGAUGAUAAGGGUUGGGUGUAACCUAUUAGGGUUAAGUGUAAUCUGUGAGGGUUGGGUAUUGCCUCACACAGGACUUUUAGGAAACGGUAUGUUGCCACGGUGGACUGUUGAUAAAACUUUAUAUUGUAAAUGCCAAAGCACAUAACCCAGCAUUAGCAUGCUUUGUUGAACCAGGCAUGUUGUUGAGGGCAUAAGCUGUUACUUGUUAUGAUAAGUUCAAAUGAAAGUGAGUGAGUUUUAAAUGGGUACUUUAUUUAUAAGAUGUUUAAAUGAAUGUGCUAUAUUUAAUGUGUCAUUCCAUGUGCAAUAUUUGAGUCCAAUGACAUGUUUAUGAUAGAUGAAUUGUUUUGUUUGUCUUAGUUUUUUUUAUUAAAAUGCUUCUUAUGUA